CGCAGUAUUAAGGCAUGAACCUGGUCUCUCCAUGAGAACACACCCGCAGAAGGCAGUGGAAAAGAAAGAAGCCUGGAAAGACCAUUAAAGAUAGAGCAGCAGAGCACUUUCUUUAUUACCAACAAGCCCGUUCGUCUCUGAGGAAUUUAACACCAGUAGUCAUACUAAUACUCAGCGUGUGGGCAUCUCGAACGGCGGUGGGCAUUGUACUUUUCGGCUGUGUGAGGGGCUGGAUCAUUGUUGACAUUUUAGAAGAUCGUCUACCUGCUUCUAAUUUUGCUGUCAGAUAUUAAAGUGAAGCAAUGAAGAGCGUCAGGAGCUGUAUUGGCACACUUGUGGUGCUGGUACUGUUUCGGGUGGGAGAGAUCGCUGAAGCGUGCAGUUGUUCCCCCGUUCAUCCUCAACAGGCGUUCUGCAAUGCUGAUGUUGUAAUCAGGGCCAAGGUGGUUGGAAAAAAAGAAGUGGAUUCUGGGAAUGAUAUUUAUGGGAACCCUAUCAAGCGGAUCCAAUAUGAGAUUAAGCAGGUCAAGAUGUUCAAAGGCCCGGAUCGCCACAUUGACGUGAUCUUCACCGCGCCCUCGUCUGCAGUAUGCGGUGUGACGAAUUUGGACACUAACGGCAAGAAGGAGUACCUCAUCUCAGGCAAGGCGGAGGCCAACGGCAAGAUGCACGUGAUUCUGUGUGAUCUCAUCAUGCCCUGGGAAUCCAUGAGUGCCACCCAGAAGAAGAGCCUCAGUCAGCGCUACCAGAUGGGGUGUGACUGCAAGAUCACACGCUGUGCGACCUUCCCAUGCGAGAUCAGCGCCCCAGAGGAGUGUCUGUGGACAGAUUGGGUGACGGAGAAGAUAAUUCACGGGCGCCAGUCGGACCACUACGCCUGCAUCAAGAGAGGAGACGGCUCCUGCGCCUGGUACCGUGGAGUCGCGCCACCCAAGAAAGAAUUUCUGGAUGUGGAAGACCCUUAAAGUAUCUCUCGCCCUCUCCAUCACCAAAUCUGAGAUUCUUACAGAUAUCAUAGAUAAGGUGUAAGUUAAUAUCGACAUAAAGACAAAACUCUACUAAAUUAAAAUUGAAACGUCUUAAGGCUAGAUUAGUGUACAGUCUUCAUUAGAUAUCGCAACAAGAGACAGAAUGGAGCGAAAGUAAUGACCACACCUAAGGCUGGCACCCAGAAAACACUCCCCAUCGUGUGAGGGACGAUCUUUAAAACGAGAGCACUUUCUGCCCCCCAAAACAGCACGUAGAUUUCUCUCUGCAUAAAGACUGAAUGAUCUCUACAAUCUCCCAAAACUGCAGUCUCUCUGCUCAUUUCGCUUUUUCAGUUUCUAGUAUUCUGGCCUAAACCCACACGGGGUGGUAUUGAAAGUAUUACUUUUGAAGGUAGUGUAAUUUCCCAAAGCCAUGCCAAUUGGUCCACUCAGAUAAAUGGUGAGGCAGGACUUCCCAGAUAGUUCAAAGAUGUGCGGGGACCUGGAAAGAACUUAAGACAGUUGGGAUUUGGGGGGAAAAAAAGGAAAAUUAAAGACCAAAGUCAAUGUCGCUAGGCAUUAAUUUGUGACAGAAACAAAAUUGUGCUGCUGACCAAAUUUCAGAAUGUUGAACUGUUGUAUAUGAAGCUGUUCUUCAUUUCAUUUCCACUAUUUUUCAUCAUUGCUUCAUGGAUUAUCCUUCGCAUAUACGAAAAAUGAAGGAAUAACAAUGCAGGUAUCUAUUAUUCUGACGACAGUUCAUAAUUAGUUAUAAAGUCCUCUCUAAUUCAAUUUUUUAUGCACAUUUACGAAUCGAACAUCCCUAAUUUGUUUUGUCAGUAUGUCUGUUUACCUUUCUGAACCUUGUCUCAAACGCCGAGUCCAAUUUAUGCAUUUUUUCCUCCGUUAAUAGUUCAGUGAUGAUACUAUUUGAACUUGUUGCACUUUUUAAAGACAAAACCAAGAGGACCGUCUCCUCUUUUUUUGUAAUUCUCAUUUUCAAUGCUUUUGUUAUUGAUUUGCAAAUGCUUUAUCUUUAAGAAUUACAGCAUCAGUUAUCUAAGGUCCUAGUGAGCUGUUUUAUCUUCCGUAUUGUUCUUAUUAGAUUAUGUACCCAAAGAGGUAUGUAAGACUUUAGUUGCCAUGGUAAUGGGAAGACCCUUCGUUUUGCCCUAGAGUAAAACAAGGCUGAUUGGAUUGGCUAUAAAGACACAGGCCUAUAGCAUGCACUGAGAAAGAGGAAACAAAGAGCGAGGUUCCUUCCUCCUGUGAUGUCAAUAAACUCAGGAGUUUACUGGCAGCUUGAGAGGAAGGCACAGAGUUGGGUUGUUGCAGCUGUCCCCUGAUUGGGCGUUGCCAAGUCAUGUGAUUGACUGAGGGUGAGGCAUUAGAAUACUAGUUGCUAGGCGCUUCGUCAGGGUGAACCAUGUGGCCCGAUGUGGUCAUAGUGAUUGAGAGAAAGAGGGAGAAGACAGACUGAGGUUGAACUGACGAAAGCAACAAUAACAGUGUUGAUUGAUUUGAACGAUAUAAUGCAUCACAAUCAUUGUAUAAAAUUAACACCAAAAUCAUUUGUGUCGACAAAGCGAGCAUUCUUAUGGGUAAUCGUUCGAUUCAUGCCUUUCUAUUUUGGCUCUCAGUGUUCCAGCAUAAAUGUACGAAGCUUUUUUUUUCUUUUGCUUAAGUGUGAUUUAAAUUAAGAUUUUUGUUUCAAUAUCCUCACAUCUUUCUUCAUACCAUAAAUGUUGUCAUAAACGAGCUUGAACUCUUACAAAUAGUCUAUAUAAAGCUACAAGGUUAAUGUUUAAUAUGCAUCGAGCUAUAACUACUUAAACUGCUUUGUAUGAAUUAUUGAACUUUAAUGGCGUAAGUUAAAUGAUUUUGUUCCACGUUUCUACUUUUUUAAUGUGUUAUUACCUUUGAUUUAUAUGAUCAUUGUGUUAUUUUUACCAGUCUUUGUCUUUCUCUUUUAUGAUUUGCUGAAAAGAGCAGGAAUGUGAGACCUAGUGUCUGAACCACAUGAUAAAAGUUGUGGUAGAAGAACCAGACUAUGCAUGUCUUUGAUGCUUCGUGUAAUUCCCAUGUGGACGUUCACUUGACGGAUAAAUAUACAGUAUUACCAAAUAAAACAUUAAACUACAUCGGCUCGU